GAAGCUCUGGGGGAGGGGAGAGCAAAGCCAGCCACUCACAGAAACAGUAGUGAAAUCUCCCCAACACUUUAACUGUCAAUCAGGCUUAAUGGGGUAUAAAACCUCCCCAGCGCCGCGGCUGUGAUAGGCAGAGAGCGCAAUAGGGAGAAAUGACUAAGGAGCCGGAGCUGAAACAGUGCACGGCAUAAUUCCUGCUCUGUGGUCACAGAUACUCCAAGUGAAAAAAGCAGGAGAGGGGGCAGGCAGAGGCAGUUAGCAGCUCAACCUUUGCAACCGGCUCGGGACAGAACGUCUAUCGAUAUUUAUAGAAAAACAAAACAAAACCAACAACCUUACCCUGAAUAGACCCUUUCUUAAAAAGAAAGUCCUGGCAAUUCUGUCUUAUUUAAGCAAUUUCCUGAGUCUAAGAAUAGAAAUGAGCUGCCUGGAAGGCACUGCAGGCUGAAAUUUGGAGUCAUAGGCUGCUUUAUUUUCUUUUUUUUCCGAGUAUAAAACCCUUCAGUUUGGAUACUGGAUUUUUCUGCCGGUCUUUGAAACGGGGGGAUGUAUGGUUACUUUUAAUUUGACUUUUUUUUCUCUCUCUUUAAUUUAAAAAACUGUCUUCCAGUUAAAAAGGAAGGAACCGUUUUACCUGCAUGUGGCAAUCCCAAAGGACACCACCGAUCAAGAAAGAGGGGAGCAACUUGGUUUCCUGCACUGUUUUGCUCCUACCCCACUUUUUUUAGCGGGGGGAGAAGGAUUUUUUUUUUCCAGCCCACGAACCUCUUGCCCCCAAGUUUCGGAAGGGGGUUGAAGACUUGUCACCCAUCUUGGGGGUGUAUGAAGGGUUUUGGUUUUCUUUCUCUGUCAAUUUGGCUCUGUGAAGGCUUGGAAGAGUCUUUUGCCUCCCUGCCUUGCCUGGAACAAGAGGAUGAUUUGGAAAUGGCUGGGCGCUUUGCUGCUUUUCCCCGUGCAGAUGGUUUAUUUGGUGGUGAAAGCUGCCGUGUGCCUGGUGCUGCCGCCCAAGCUGCGAGACCUGUGCGGGGAGAGCGUGCUGAUCACCGGAGGGGGCAGAGGCAUCGGCCGCCAUCUGGCCAGGGAGUUUGCUAAACGCGGAGCCAGAAAGAUCAUCCUGUGGGGUCGAACUGAGAAAUGCCUGAAGGAGACCACAGAGGAAAUCAGGAUGAUGGGGACAGAGUGCCAUUAUUUCAUUUGUGAUGUAGGAAACCGAGAGGAGGUCUAUCAGCAAGCCAAAGCUGUGCGGGAAAAGGUGGGUGAUAUCACUAUCCUCGUGAACAAUGCUGCUGUGGUCCAUGGUAAGAGCCUGAUGGACAGCGAUGAUGAUGCACUGCUCAAAUCACAACAUAUAAACACCCUGGGACAGUUCUGGGUUUCAAAGACAUCCCUGCCAAGGAUGCUGGAGUUGCAGAAUGGACACAUUGUUUGCUUGAACUCUGUCCUGGCCUUGUCAGCCAUCCCUGGUGCCAUUGACUAUUGCACCUCCAAAGCCUCUUCCUUUGCCUUUAUGGAGAGCCUGACCUUGGGGUUGCUAGACUGUCCUGGAGUGAACGCCACAACAGUCCUGCCCUUCCACACAAGCACAGAGAUGUUUCAGGGCAUGAGAAUCAGGUUCCCUAAUCUUUUUCCUCCUCUCAAGCCAGAGACUGUGGCUAGGAGGACAGUGGAAGCUGUUCAGAUGAACCAAGCCUUCCUCCUCCUUCCAUGGACAAUGCGUGUUCUCGUCAUCCUAAAAAGCAUUCUCCCUCAGUCAGCACUUGAAGAAAUCCACAAGUUUUCUGGAAGCUACACCUGCAUGAACACUUUUAAAGGACGAACAUAGACCCGGUGGUGCAAAGACGAUUCCUCAGUGAAGGCAACACAAGCAUGAGAAUCCUGUCAAGACUGUGAAUCAGCCGUCUUGGCUUUUAGCCUGCCCACGUGACUUGUGCUGCUCUAAGGCAACACAUUUCUUGCAGGUCAUAACCAUAGUAACAUGACCUUUGCACAGGACUGAAUGACUAGACUAUGGACCCUUGGAAAGAAAAACAAAAAGUGUGAAAUGUUCCUAUGAUGUUUAAUUCUUUAGAGUACAUUGUUAAAUCUACUCACAGUUUUAAGAUGUAAUUUUUGUUUAUAAAAUAUCUGUAGGCUGUUUCAGCUGAGGGGCAGCAUAUCACACACUUUACCCAUCUCUUCAGAGGAACUACAAUUGCAAACCGAUCCUGAUUUCGUUCCAGCUUUUUUAAUGGGAAAAAUUACUUUGAAGAACUACAAAUUAUGGAUGUUUAGUGGAAGCUUCCUUCCCUUUCUUCACUGACUGGUCAUGCUUUACAUCCGCGGAUGAAGCUGUUCCCAACUCAUGUCAUAGAGAAGGAGGAGCAAACUGCUGUUUUCUUUAUUAAAGGCGACCCAGGCCUGUGUGGAAGGAUAGUGCUGGGCCCAGGAUUGCUGACUGCACCUGUAAAGGCCAGAGGGGGAUGCUCAGUCAGAAGAGCAGGCAGUUUGAAUCAUGGAAGAUUCCUUCUGGCACUGAACUCAUAUAUGAAAUUUAAUUGUCUUUCUGAAUAUUUUUGUUCAUUUAUGAUGAAAUAUAUAUAUAUAUAUAUUUUUUUUUUUUUUUAGCAUUAAUCCCUAGAUUGCCACGCGUGUAGGCAGCAUCAGAUUGGGGAUGAACUAAAUCUAGAGCCUGCUUUUACAAACACACAUUCACUGAUGUAAUCCAUACAGAGGAAAAUCCAUUGUAUCAGUCUGCACAGUGAAAUAAGUGGAAUAAUGCUCUAAACACAGAAAAGACAGCACUCUAGCACUCAUGAAAUGUGAAGUUUGCAAGCACAGUUAGCAAAGACCUGAUUAAAUGCACAUUGAAUUCAACUGGGAAUAUACCCAUUGUUUUUUAGGGGCAUCAAAUCAGGCACUGAUCAGCCAAAAGUGAUAAAUACUGCUUGGACUGAAAUGCCAGAAGCAGCGAGACGUUAUUUAUUUUUGUAAUGAUAUACUCUCCUUGACAGCCUAGUAGGAGCAACGCUGCAUUCCUGUGCCAGAUGCAGUGUGCAGCACUAGGCAUAGCAAUGUAGUUGUAACAUUAUUGGAACGCUACUAAAAGAGGAAUUAAUAUAAUUGAGAUACGGGGAAGUAGCAAGUCUGAUUGGAGAACAUCCCAAUGAAGCACCUCAAGGAAAGCCACAUGGUUAAAGUAAAGGAUUGAAGUUAGAGUUCCUGACUUGCAUUUUGAGCUUUUUCAUAGAUGUCCUGUGUGACCCUGGGCAAGUCUCAAAGUGCACCCUGACCUGCAAAGCCGAUAUUUCUAGUGUUUCCCUACCUCAAAAGUUGUAAGUCUGACUACCUUAAUGUUUGCCAAAUGAUCAGUAAAUUCAAAUGGAACAUGCUAUAGAAAGUAAAAACUGUAUUUGUUUAUAAACCAAAAGGUUUUAUGCUAAAAUAGAGAAGAGAAAAAAACCCAUAAUCUAAAAUAUAUCAUUUCCUAGAAGAGAUUUGAGUUCUAGGAGAAAAGCUGCGAGCUACAUUUGAGAUACUACUUUGGUUCUGCCAUAUAGAAUGGGAACCAGCUACUUAGAUGCAAUGAUGUGCAUGUUAAAAUCUGAAGGUCUGAUCCUUGCUGCAAAUCGGUAGAUAGCUCUUCUUGGACAGUUCAUGAAGCAGACACUGCAAAGGGUGCCAUUGAUGCAAGCCCCUCUGCCUGCAUGGAUAUUUUGAGGAGCUCUCCUAUCUGGGUCAGUGCUUUCCUUCUGAGUGCAGUAACAUACAUACAAGCUUUAGUACUGUGCCAGCUUUGAAAAGGUUUCUUACAAUGGAGUUUUGUUUUGAAUUCCUAGAUGUCUGAGACUCUCUGGAGAGGAUGAAAAGAAACUUUGAUCUCUGUGAUUUUGACGCCCACCCUAAUAGAUGCUUUCAGCUUUA